UUCUUGUUGCUCAACAUGGCUGCGCCCUGCUCGGAUCAACAGGUCUGAAGGUGUUGACGAUGUCCAGGGAGCAGGUGAACAUCAGUGAGCUCCUGCUCUCAUUGGACAGUUCAGAGCUGCAGGAGGCGGAGCAAGUCAGAGCAGCAGUCAACCAGCAGCUGAGUACAGACAGAGGAGGUGCUGUCCUCUCCUCUCUGGUGGAGUAUUACCUGGACUCCUCGUCCUCUCAGGCGGUGCUCCUCCUGUCGUCCAUCAGAGAGCGUCAUCACAAGCUGCUGCUGGAGAAGCUGAAUGAGUCUCUGAACAGACCUGGGACCAGACUGGCUGCUCUCACCCUGCUGGGUCACCUGAUCCGGAAUCAGCCUCCAUGGGUUCAUCACAUCAGCCGCUCGGCCCUACUGCCGUCCCUGCUGCGCUGCCUCAAGACUGACACUGAUGUUGUCGUCCUGAUCACUGCAGUCCUGGUGCUCAUCACUCUGUUACCCAUGAUCCCUCAGGCCGGGAAACAACACAUCUACGACUUCUUCGACGUGUUCGGACGCCUCGCAUCCUGGAGCUACAGAAACCCCGGUCAUGUACCUGUGCUCCACCUGGUCCACCUCCACGCAGGUGUGUACUCUCUGUUCCACCGUCUGUACGGGAUGUUCCCCUGUAACUUCAUUUCCUACCUGAGACUCCACUACAGCAUGAAGGAGAACCUGGACACCUUCCAGGAGGUCGUCAAGCCCAUGUUGGAACAUGUCAGGGUUCACCCGGAGCUGGUCACAGGGACUCAGGACUAUGAGCUGGACCCGUCCAGGUGGAGGUGUUAUGAAGUCCAUGACAUUGUGAUAGAGUGCUCCAGAGUGUCUCUGGACCCUCUGGAGGCAUCCUGUGAGGAGGACAUGUACUCCUCCCUGAGAGACCCCCCUUCUUCUUCCGCCUCCUCCUCCUCACCCAGACCUCCCCGACUGUCCUCUCCCCUCCCAGCCCUGGACCUCACCUCCAGUCCUGUCAACACAGAGUCCGUCAGCGGCUCAGGAAGUUCAGUCUGUCCUUCGCCGUCUGGACGUCCGGCUCUUCCUCAGCUGACCUUCAACACCUGCACUCAGGCCGAUGAUGCCACAUGGAGCCCCUCAUCUCAGUGUGGUUUGUCCACGCCCCCACCUGAACCUGCCGCUACAAGCUCCGCCCACCCUCUGAGCAGGACAGCAUCCAUCUCAGGUGUGAAAUGUCCCUCACCGGCCUCCGUCCCUGUGACAUCACUGACUGAAGAGAUCCAAGAUGGAGGUCUGGCUCCUGUGAACAACAACAACCAGGUGAAGCAGCAGCCAAUCACAGAGCUGGAGGGUGUGUCAUCUAUUCAACCAGUCACAGAGGGGGUGGAGAGAGGCCCGAGUGAUGUCAUCAAUAACGGCAGUGAAGGGGUCAGAUCAGAGGAGGCCCCCCUGCCCCCCCCUUCCUCCUCCUCCCCCCUGCCCGUCCUCACCUCCACCCCCGGCUGUGAUGAGUCAUACUCGGGUUCAUCGCUCCCCCCUCCUCCCUCCUCCAUCUCACUCUGCUUCACCCCCCCUCACCUCUCCACCACCUCCACCCACAGAUUAGAGGAGGGGGGCCCUGACUUGUUUGGCCCCACCCACUCCAAUCAGAGCCCCGCCUCCCCGUACGAGCCUUUGUUUGAGCUGGCUCUGCCGCACGCCGCCACGCUCUUCAUCGGGAGGAAGACUCAGGAGGUGCUGGAGAGAGCAGUGGGGCAGCAGGAGAGGGGGGGCGGAGGAGGGGGAGUGGAGGUGGAGGACAGGGAGGAAGAUCAGACCUCCGUCUCCCCUCUGGAGGUUCUGGACCAGCUGAUCGUCCACGGACACAGUGCUCAUGAAGGCCUCAGCAGGAGGUUGUCAGCAGUAAGUAAGUCGGUGGAUCGGAGUCAUUUUGGAGGUAAACAGCAGAGCAUGAAAACCAAAGGCCCCGCCCUGGGGGAGGAGCUUCAGUGCCUGAGGAGUCAGCUGUUGCUGAUCCACAGUCAGCUCCAGUAUGAACGUUUCAAACGGCAGCAGCACGCUGUCAGGAACCGCCGUUUGCUGCGGAGAGUCAUCAACGCUACAGCGCUGGAGGAGCACAGCGUUGCCAUGAAGGCCCAGCUGGGCGUUCAGGACGAGGAAAUUCGGUCUCUGAGGUUGAGUCUGGAGGAAGAACAGAGACGCGACACACAGCUGCAGCAGGACACACACACACACACCAACCAGCUGCACACACACAUCCAACAACUGCUGCUGCAACAGCAGGACGAGCAGAGAGACAACCAGAGACUUCAGAGCGAGCUUCAGGAGUGUCAGAGCAGGCUCAGAGAUCUGGAGGCGGAGCUUCAGAAGGCCAAUAAUAAGGCUUACAAUGCUGAACACCAGCUGACCGAACUGUCACUCAAGCUGUGCAGCAGUGAGCAGCUGCAGCAGCAGAUCUUCUUGUUGAACCAGCAGCUCGUCCUGCUGAGAGAAGCUAACAGAGCUCUGACUGAACAGCUGGAGGGCGGAGAGAGCAACCACUGGACUGAGGUGUCCAUGCUGCAGUGCAGUGUGGGUAAGGAGUACCAGCGUCUGAAGGACAGCGAGGUGCAGCAGCGACAGAAACUGGAGGCAGCCAAUCACAGGAUAGCAGAGCUAGAGAACCAGCUGGCCAAGAAAGACCAGCUGAUCCUGGACCAGAAGAAACUUCUGGAGGACACCAAGGCCCAGAGCAGGGCGGAGCUGUCGGCCUGUGAGAGUCGCUGUGUCGCUCUGAGGAGAGUCACCCAGAAUCUACAGACGGAGAUGCUUCACCUGUACAGUCAGAUCCACCUGGACACGCCCACACACAGCCGGCCUCAGGACGUCUGCAGCAGGCCAAAUGGUGGCAGUGUCGCCUUACCUGUUGCUCAGGGCAGCCUCAGGCCCUGCCCCUCCUCUUCUUCUGUUGGUAUAAUAAACGGAAUUGCGGAGGCUCUGUCCACCUCCCCCCUGCACCUCCCCUCCUGCUCCUCCUCCCCCCUCUCCCUAUCCCCCAUCGACUCCCCCCUGGCCGUCGGCUCGUUCCUGGAGCAGCGAGCGCGACAGCUGUUCAGACCGACCGAUCACAGCCAGGAGGAGGAGCCACAGGAGGAUGAGGAGGAGCCACAGGAGGAAGAGGAGGAGGCCCAGCCAGAGAGCCCUCCUCUGGGUCAGGAGGCAGAGGAGGCCGCCCUCCUCUCAGGGAGCCCCCAGACGGUGCCUCAGAGCCAGGCUGCAGCUCCCAGCCCCCCUACCUCUAAACCUGAGCCCCCCCCUCCAGGUCCUGCCCCUCCUGCAGACCUGACCCUCGCCGUUCGACAGAGGAGACACGAGCUGAGCAUCAUGGACUACGACGAGACGCUGCCAGAGUACUGAGAGAGGACCAGAGACCAGGUGUCCAGGUGUCAGCAGACCACAGGUGACUGGGUCUGUGGAUAAAACCAGAGUGAAACAGACUUCAUCAUUAAACGCUGUCGUACAUGAAGCAUCAGGUGUGUAGGGCGAUGAUGAGGAGGCUGAACCUUCCUCACAUUCAAACAGAAGUGAUGAUAAACUUAAUGAAUAAACAGCAGAGUGAAGAGAAUCUGACAUAAGACACAACAGGUAGAAACUAAACUCUGCCUGACACAGCUACAAACCAAACCUUAGCGUCACACUGAUGUUAUUUAAUAAUAAUAAUUAAUUCAUAUGUGCUGUUGGAGGCUUGAUGAUGCAGUGACUGCUUUGCUAACUACUGUAGAUAGCAAAUGAACUGCUAACACACUAACUCGCCAGGAAUAUGUUAGCCCACAAUAGCCUACUAAGCUAGCUCAGUUGCUAACUGUAAGCCUGCCAAACCAGUUAGCUCACCGGCUAACCAGCCAAUAAACUGAACAUGUAUUUCAAAGGUGAGAGAGGUGGAGUCUCAGUUUAUUCUCCAGCAGAGUCACUAUGAAAAAUCAGGUUGAAACAUAAAGUCACUAGACUAAAGUUCUACUGAGUGAAUCCAAUGAUUCUGUUGAAAUUAACAGGCUUUGCUGAGAAUCGUUGCUGAAGCUCCACCUGACACAUGAAGAGAAAAAUAAUGAUUUUCAACAACUGUAGCAAGUUCUGCUGAAAUUAGCUCAUAAGCUAAAUCAUAUUUCUGUAAAUGCUUCGCUUCAGUCCCCAAAUUCUGUUUUGCUAAAGAGCUAAUGACCAAGUUAGUGUUAGCUAGCUUGACAAAAAAGGAAUCCACCUUUAUGCCAAACAUUAGCUAAUAUUCAAUUUGAUGUGAUUCGAGAAUUAAUCUAAAAAAACUCCAAUCCUGAAUCCAAGAGAUGAUAUCGCCAAGAUGUGAAACGAUUAACAUAAAAUUCAAGUCUUAAAAACUAAAUGACAUCAGUAGAAUCUGAAAUAAAAACAGAUCCAGGUCAGAGCAGCUAAACACAACAAAACUAAUUAACUACUCAAGUAAAUUGUCAUUAAUAACCUGUUAUUAAUAAGCUGUUAUCUGACCUCUACAAAUCAUCAGGCUCAUCCACAAUACAGAUCAAACAUGAGCUUCUGGCUACAUUACAGCUAACAUUAGCAUGCUAACAUGAGCCGUCACCACGCUGUACUUUCAGUUAAUAUUGGAUUUACAUGUUGGUUUGGGACAGUUUGAAGUGAGUUAACAUGAUAACAGUUAUAAGAAAAUAACAUUUUUCCCUCAGGUUUGUGACAAUCACUGAGUUUACAAGUUGGGCUAAACUAACAUUAGCCUGUUUGCAAAGAAGAAAGAAAAAUUAUGGAAUUGAUGAUUAAAAUAGAUUUUACCACUGAAAAUAUUCUUCAUAUAAAUAAAUGUCUGAUGAAAUAAUAAUAUUUUGCUCAAUGAUGUUACCAGAGCUGAUGAGUUAUUAAUUAGAGCUCCUGAUGCAGGGAGAUGGAAUGGAGGGAAUUCAGUUUUUUUUAAAUGAAUAAAUUGACAGUGAAGCUAACAGCAGCUGUGCUAAUGAUCCAGUGUUAACAUAAAACUGCAGCUACAUAUUGUUCAUGUUCAUGGUGCUACAGCAGCAUCACAAGACUAAGUGAAAUAGCAAUUAUAAUAAUAACACUACUGUAAUGAUUAAUGUCAUGACGACUGUGAAGCUGCAUCAUCAUCAUCAUGAUCAUCUGACAUAUAAUUAAUAUUGAUUAUGAUUCAGUCAGUGAUGAGGUAUGAUGAGUGAUCACUGACAGAGGCCGCAGUUAAUGGGGUUCCUCAGGGUUCUAUUCUUGGUCCUUUAUACUUUCCUCCGCACACUGUCAAUUUCUGAAGCAUUUCCUGGACAGUAAACGCUGCAUGCAGCUGCAGCUUCAGUGAGCUCAUAUAAAACCUUAAUGGAGGGAGAGCAACCAAUAAAACCUGUUUUCUCCUUUAACCUUCUGGUUAGACAAACAUUAUGAAGCUGACAAACUCACUUUGUAAUCAAUCAGUCAGUGAUGAGAUGUCAUCUGCAGUAACAGGCCUUAAUGUUGUUGAGGUUAAAUGAUGAGUGUGGUUAUAAACUGACCUGAUCAUUCUCCUCAGGUUCACAGCUCAGGAAAUCAGGUGUGUCAGGUGAGACAACAGGUGGCAGUUUGAAGUGACAGGUACAGGAAGUAUUUGGCUUAGCUUUUUGGAACCCUUUAACGUUUUGGGAAAUGCAGAGUUCUUGUUUGCUUGUUAAUUUCUUAAAUUCCAUCCAAGCAUCAGACUCAGCAAGAACCUAAAACUGUUUUCCAGAUGUUGAACUACUUUUCAUGAAAACUGCAGUGUGAUGACAAACCAAAGACUUCCUCUGAAUCCAGCUGAUUAACCUGAACGAAUGACACUCACUAAUGAUCUGGGUGAAUUGUUUUUUUUUUCUUUCUCGUUGUUGGGCAGUUUUUCCUCAGCAGCGUCGCUGUGUUCACCUCAGAAAGAACUGUGCCUGUUUCCAACAGCUGUGUUGUUCUGCCUCAGCAUUUUGAGGAGAUGAAUGUUAAAACUGUGAACACUAAAAAUAAAGACUUCUAAAAUCUCUGAAGUAUCUUGUGUCAGGUACUAAGACUUGUAGUAAUUCAAAUGUCUCGUCAGAUUGAUGAUCUUUUUCUAAUUUAGUAAGUUUCUGUUUUGUCAAAGUCAGGGUCUGACAGUUCUCUGAUACUUUACUGUGUUGUGUUAGUAAAAGUACCAAUAAUACUCCAAUACAAGUAAAAAUACUGCAAAUCAAAAUGUUCCUAAUAAAGUAAAAGUCGAGUAUAAUCUGCUUCAUGUAGUUAAAGUAGAUUAGAAACAAACUGCCUGGUGACAGUUAUGAAACUGUUAAUGACACAUUUUGUUUUAGAUACCCCCGUUAAUAUCACAGACUGUAUAUGGUUAUUAUGUAUUUUUAUCAUGGAUGUAUAAUAAGACCAUGUAAUGAGCCCGAGCCUCAGCCUGAGGUCUCCAAGCUGCCCUGCAUCAUUGUCUGCUCCUGUUAACUGACCUUUUCUGUUUAACCUUUUAAAAUACUGCAAUUUACCAGUAAAACCCUCGAGUGCACUUUGAAUAAUUUCAAUAAAUUAUUGAUACAUUUUCUAUUUUAAUUUUAAAA